UGAUUCCUCGCUUCAAUGGAAGCCAUUAUAACAUAUUACUAUUUUUAGCGUGUCCAAAAUCUUAUAAAUGUCUGCAAAUAAGGAAAAAGUUGAGAACAUUCCUAAAGAUGCAAUUACGAUAAAAAAUAUGUUAAAAGAACUAGGAGUUUAUGAAUAUCAACCUUCUCUUAUUAAUAUAUUGUUAGAUUUUACAUAUAAAUAUACAACCGAUGUGUUAGAAGAUGCGAAAGUUUACUCCAAUCAUGCCAAUAAAAGAAAUAUUGACAUAGAGGAUGUUAAAUUAUCAUUUAAUGAUAGAACCAAAAAUCAGGACAAAAGAGUUGUAGCAAAUAAUAUUUUGAUUGAUGCUGCUAAAUCAAAAAAUUCCAACCCCUUACCACUUAUUAAAGAACAUAUUGGAUUGAAUUUACCACCUGACAGAUAUUGUUUAUUAGCACCUAAUUAUAAAAUGAAAUCUUUAAAUAGAGCUAAUCCAGUCACCUCAAACUCUAAUCUGUACAAUAUAGGAUCUCUAAAACCAUAUACUAAUCAAAAUUUAUAUUCCCAUCAAAUUUCAAAUUCUCAAAAUAUAAAUCAACCUAGAAUGUUUGUAUCUGGCCAAAACUCAAGGCCAACCUCUUAUAAUAUAAACCCACAUCAUGUGUCAACUAAUAAAUUUAUAAUGAGACAUCAAAUGCAAUUUCCACAGCCCUCAAAUUUACAUUCAUCAAAUAAUUUAGAAUCUUGAAUAUUUAUAUUUCACUUAUUGAUCAGAUCAGUAUUAUAUUUUCUAAUAUUGUAGCUAUAAUUAAUUAAUAAAUAAAAUUUGAUAUUUCUACUCCAGAUAUAUAAUUAUAUAUUAACCAAUUUUAAUUUAAACCUGAAAAUGCAAAUUUAAUAUAUUCAUAUUUUAAUUCA